CAUUCAUUGACCCCAACACUGCACAUACCCCCCUUCCAAUUCAAACAUACCCUUUCCUCACUGCACACAUACCAUGACGCCUCCAACGUUUCACAUCCGGCCCGCAGGCCUAUCUCCGGCGGACGGGGAGUUCAUCGUCGACGCAUUCGACUCGACCCUGCCAUACCUCGCCUCGAUUGGCAGCGAGGAGAUGUGGGGGAUGCAGCCGUUCUCGGAACGCGAGGGCUUCACGCAGGAAACGACGGAGCAGGUCGAGCAGUCUCGAGGCCUCCGGCCAACGCCAGAUGGCGAAGUCCUCCGCAUCCUCAUCUGCGAGGCAGAACUGCCCAGCAGCCCAACGGCGGCGGCGGCGGAGGCGGAGCAGGACGGGCCGGCCGACGCCGCCGCCGCCGCCCAACUCUCUCUGCCCGAGGGUGUCCACGUGCGUGUUACCGAGGGCGGUGACCGGCGUUUCCUCUCCGUCGGUGCUGCCAUGUUGAGAGAGGACUGGGUCUCGUCGUACCUUGAGAACCAGCCGCACUUGGGACUCGGCAAGGAUGGUCCCUUGCGCGGAGGCGGCGGGGGCAGAAGCGCUGCUGCUGCCGCUGGCGGCUUUGUGUACCUCGAGGUCAUGGUCACGGACUGCCGCGUCGGGGCCUAUCGGCGAGGCGCGGGCGCUGCGCUUCUCCGGGGCGUCAGGGAUUAUGCCGCGGCACACGGCAAGCGGACGGUAUACGUUGACGCCUGGGCAGGUAAUGGCGGCAAGUUGGCCAGUUACUACGAGAAGCAGGGUUAUCAGAUUGUGGGUGAGUACAAACUGUCUCGUAAGAACGGGACUACUUGGACGGGGACGCUUCUACGGAUGGAUGUGCCAACGACUCGAGAGUCUGCCGAAUCUUGAAAGACUGGUUUGGUCGCCCGACAAGCUUUCUUUCCAGUGUUUAUCUAGAUACAGGAGAGCUGUGUAUCGAAUAUCAGACGGAGUGAAACGUGAAACAAGACUGUAGAUGGUCUCGUCUCGUUGCUGUACUCCAUCCUGACUUGUCCAUGCUGCAACUUACUCUGACUUUUCGACUUCCACCAGAUUCAGUCAUUUACACU